AUGAAGCAGAUGGCAAAAGUGACUGUACUUCUGACCUUGGCCACAUGGAGCCUUGCUAAGACCACCCAGCCCCUCUCCAUGGACUCCUAUGAAGAGCAAGAAGUGAAUGUGUCCUGCAGCCACACAAACAUCGCUACGAGCGAGAACAUCUACUGGUACCGGCAGGUCCCCCAUCAGGGACCACACUUUAUAAUUCAAGGAUAUAAGGUCCAUGUGGCAAAUGAAGUGGCGUCUCUGUUUAUUUCUGCUGACCGGAAGUUCAGCACUCUGAGCCUGCCCCAGGUUUCCCUGAAAGACACUGCUGUGUACUACUGCAUUGUGGCUGACACACACAUUGGAGAGCUGUCCCCAUUACUCAUUGGCAUGGGUGGGGGAGAGAUGACCCCCCCCCUCUGCCCAUUAACAUCUGAAGCAGUGACCUGCUAUUUAGUGUGUCAGAAUAUCCUGGAGAUACAGGAUCAAAGAGGAUUGGAGCCGCUGGUGCAGCUGGUAGGACUGUCCACCAGGGGGCAGAGCAUCUCUGUUGCUGCAAACUUAGAAACUUUUCAUUUAACUUCUGAAAGAGCAGCUGCAGUCAGCAGCCUUCUGUGCAGACAACUGAAGAAGCUGCAGUGCAGUGGAGGACAGAGGAGCAGAGCUGAUCACAGAAGCAUCUCGCCUGACUGA